AUGGAGACGCCCAGUCCCCCCGCUCUGCUCGCGGCCAUUGCCGCGGCCCGCCCGCCGUGUUUGACGGGCCUCACGAGUGGGGCACUCAAUGAAGUCCACGCACCUCAGCUCGGCCACGACUCCGUGAAGCUGAUCAAGUUCGCGGACGACACCACCCUCAUUGGACUCAUCUCCAACAACGAUGAGUCCGCCUACAGGAGGGAGGUGGACCGGCUGGUGUCCUGGUGCAGUGGUAACAACCUGGAGCUGAACGCCCAGAAGACAGUGGAGAUGAUUGUGGACUUCAGGAAGAGCACUGUCCCCCCGCCCCCACCCUCCGUGAUGGACUCCCCCAUCACCUCUGUGGAGUCCUUCCGUUUCCUGGGCACCACCAUCACCCAGGACCUCAAGUGGGAGCCGACCAUCAGCUCCCUCAUCAAGAAGGCCCAGCAGAGGAUGUACUUCCUGCGGCAGCUCAGGAAAGCCAAGCUGCCUGCACAGAUGUUGGUGCAGUUCUACACGGCCAUCAUCGAGUCCAUCCUCACCUCCUCCAUCACCGUGUGGUUCGCUGGAGCCACAGUCAGGGACAAACAGAGACUACAGCGCAUUGUGCGCUCUGCAGAGGAAGUGAUCGGCCGCAGCCUUCCAUCGCUGCAGGACCUGGGGUCCGGCCUUCAGGAGCGCUGGAUGGAGGCGUCCUGGGGUCGUGACCCGCUCUUCCCGUAA